UAUCAAACACAAACAAAGCCGUACUGUUUAUUUUCGUCUAUCACUUUCCUCCUUGCCCAAGCAAAGCACAGAGCUUUUAAAAUCGGAAACCUAACUCAGUGAAUCGGGUACUAUUGACUCAGCAAUGGAAGGCCAAGAUGGUAUUCAGCAACCGCACCUCGUGCUCGCUCACAAGCUAUUCCUUCUCUCCGACCCUGACGUCCAAGACAUCGAGAAGGUUCGACUAAGAGAAGAGGUCUUCAACUCCGUUAAAGCCGACGACAUGGCUCCGUUGUACGAAACCCUAGUCGCCGAAUCAGUGUUGGAGUUGGAUCAGGGCGUUUUGAACUCGAUGCGUGAGAAGAUCGAGGAGGAGCUCAAGAAGCAUGACGAAAAGAUUGCUGAUGCUGAAGAGAACUUGGGUGAAAGUGAAGUUAGAGAAGCUCAUUUAGCUAAAUCCUUGUUUUUUAUUCGGAUUGGUGACAAGGAAAAAGCAUUGGAGCAACUCAAAGUGACAGAAAGCAAAACUGUUGCAGUUGGACAGAAGAUGGACUUGGUCUUCUAUACAUUGCAGAUUGGUUUUUUCUACAUGGAUUUUGACCUUAUUUCUAAAAGCAUUGAUAAAGCAAAGAACCUGUUUGAAGAGGGAGGUGAUUGGGAAAGAAAGAACCGACUGAAGGUUUAUGAAGGCUUGUUCUACAUGUCCACUCGGAAUUUUAAGAAGGCAACCAGUUUGUUCUUGGAUUCUAUUUCAACAUUCACAACUUAUGAACUUUUCCCCUAUGAUACCUUCAUAUUUUACACUGUCCUUACAAGCAUUAUAUCACUGGAUAGAGUUUCUCUGAAACAAAAGGUAGUGGAUGCGCCUGAGAUCCUGACAGUGAUUGGGAAGAUCCCACAUCUAUCUGACUUUUUGAAUUCUCUAUAUGAUUGUCAAUACAAAUCAUUUUUUACUGCAUUUGCUGGCUUGACAGAGCAAAUAAAAUUGGACCGAUAUCUACAUCCACACUUCCGGUAUUACAUGAGGGAGGUCAGAACUGUAGUGUACUCUCAGUUUUUGGAAUCCUACAAGAGUGUCACAAUUGAAGCAAUGGCUAAAGCAUUUGGCGUGACAGUGGACUUCAUUGAUUUGGAGCUGUCUCGUUUCAUUGCAGCAGGAAAGCUACAUUGCAAGAUUGACAAAGUUGCAGGUGUUCUUGAAACUAACCGGCCUGAUGCAAAGAAUGCUCUAUACCAAGCAACCAUCAAGCAAGGGGACUUCUUAUUAAACCGGAUCCAGAAACUGUCUCGAGUGAUAGAUUUGUAGGUAGGGUCUUCUCUCGGAAUUGAUUUUCAACAGUUAGUAGUCAGAAAGAGAUUUGGAGCAUAUAACUUUCUGCCUUUCAUUCAAUGAUUGUAAUAUUAAUUGAGAGUUGUAUUUCAUUUUCUCUUAAUUAUGGUGAUUUAAAGAGUACUGAAUUUUCAGGCUUUGGCUUUUA